AUCUUAUAGCCUCAUGAAGAUGGUCCUCUUUAUUAUCCAGUGGUAACUACUGUGAGUUUAGGCUCACAUACUUUGCUUGACUUUUAUUCUCAGAUCAGUGACAACACAGAAAAUGAGAAAAGUGAUCUUGAGUCUCGCUACCAGUUCUCUCUUCUCCUAGAACCAUGCAGUUUGCUGGUGUUACAGAAAGACAUGUAUACCUCAUACCUUCAUGGUAUAGCAGAAAGAAAGGAAGACAUCAUUACUAACAAUAUAAUAAACUUGUCAUAUUGUCAGUCAAAUUGUAGAGAAGGAGAGAGACUGACAAGAGGUACACGUGUCUCUCUGACAAUACGCCAUGUACCAAAAACAAUUAGAAUGAAAAUAGGAAGAUGAUGAAACUAGUAUUGUUGUUGACAAUUUGUUGUUGCUACUGCUAUUGUUAUUAUUAUGUUCCUUGUUUGCUUUUGACGGUAAAAUUGUGUUAGAGUUUUUGUUUCAUAAACAUUUCAAAAGUUAUUUGUUCAACUAAAAACAAUAAAGAGUGUAAACUAAUUGUAAAGACAACAUAAAAAUUAAAAUAACUAUUAUAAUAUAAGCAUUACUUGCAAAAUAAUCUGUAAAAUAGCAUUGUAACACUAUUAAUUUGUAAGGACUAAUUCAAAUUUUUUUUUAAUUUAACAUCUACAGUAGUAUAUAUUAAUAACAGUUAUAGCAUGCAAGACAUGAAUGGUGUUUACUUCAUAACAUUGUAGCCACAACAUUGUAAUCUCUUCUAUUUGUAUGCAAUUCCCUGAGAAUCCAGUUGUUCCUGACAAAAAUGUCUAUUACUUCAAUUCAUCUACUCCACCAAGCUAUUUAUGGAUACUAUAACCUGUUAACCUUUUAUGGAAGUCAUGUGGUUUAGGUAAUGCAUUGUGUCCAACUCUGGUAACUAAUAGUAUCACAUCAUGAAGGACUGCUUUGUGACCUAAAUUAUUAGCCUAGAGAGGGAAAGAUGGGGAGAGAGAACUAAACAAAGAAAAGUUUCAGUUUUGUCUCUGCUAGUAUACAGCUCUGGCCCAUGCAUUAUUACUCUCAAGUAGAUAAACCUUGUAAUUAGAGUCAAGCAUAACGUCAACUCCAGUUAAGUCAAAACAAGUAUAUAUCAGGACUUCUUGUCUCCAACACGCCACCACAUCUCCUUUAGGAGAAAAGUGAUCUUGAGUCUCGCUACCAGUUCUCUCUUCUCCUAGAACCAUGCAGUUUGCUGGUGUUACAGAAAGACAUGUAUACCUCA